AUGGCCCAAAGAAGAGGACCGUGGUCGCAACAAGAGGAUGAGUACCUCAUGCAACUCGUCAGCGACCAAGGCCCUUUGAACUGGGUACGCAUCGCCCAAGCACUCGGAACACGCACACCCAAGCAAUGCAGGGAACGCUUCCACCAGAACCUGAAGCCCACACUGAACCACGAUCCCAUCACGGCUGAAGAAGGCGCCCAAAUAGAGCUUCUCGUCCUUGAGAUUGGAAAAAGGUGGGCAGAGAUUGCACGACGUCUUCACGGCCGCAGCGACAACGCCGUCAAGAACUGGUGGAACGGCAGCCAGAACCGUCGCAAGAGACACGACCGCCGCAGAGCCAACCAAGGAAGCUCCGGCUAUGACGACAGAAGAUAUUUCUCGCGCCCGACCCUCACGCUCAACCCGCAUGCGUCGGCUCUUCCGCUUCCCAGGCACGCCAUCUCUUCGCCUGUGUCCCCGACCUUCUACAGCCAUGGCCACGGCCUGCCCUACUAUCACCUCGAAUCGCCUCUUCCCUCACCAUGCUCCACCGCCUCACCGGGCAGCGACGCUCUUGACGGAGAGGCUUCUACAGUUUCGGAUGUUUGCUCAAGCUAUACCACAUCGCCUCAAUGCCUGUCGAGAGGUACUUCGCCAUCUCUUCAACUGCCACCUCUCCGAAACGUCUUGGACAGCAGCUCUCAGCCCCGCUCUCUUCCGAGCUUCGGCGCUAUCCUCAACGUACCAGCUGACAGGAAAGAGCACACCCGUUUGCCUUCGAUGGGAUCACAUCUCUUGACGGCACCAAAUUCACCAGUCUCGAGCAACGUCCCCUCGCCCUCGGCGGACAAGGAUUCCAGGAUGGACGUGUCUGCGCUGCUUGGAUAG